GUUAUCAUAAAUUAUAUGAUCCAAUUAAAAUCUUACACGUCACCACUUCACUCUCUACUCUCAGAAUGGGACUGCAUCCUGGACCCGCUGCCGAUGACUGGAGUGAUCGGGUGCGCGCGGCGGGAGUGGGCCGCGCGGCAUGUUCUGGCUGCAGGGGCGCUCCUUGGCAAGAGCUGCUCUGCCGCGCUCAAGCUGGCCGGACACAAUCAGGCACUGCAAACACAGGGCUAUCUCUUCGGUUGUCACCUAGCUCUGGCAUGGCAAGCGUUCCUCGACCUAGAGGCGUUCACGGGACCCGAACCUGCUACCUUCUCGUUAGUGGGAGCUCCCCUGGCGUUCACGCUGGAAGCCAGGCCCGACUUGUAUGAGUAUAUCGAGGCGGGAAGGACUAGCGUACAAGACGUCGAUUAUCAUGCAUUAUACAAGGCGGUGGUAGAAGGCCCGGGGAUAGAGCAGACGAAGCGUCUCCAGCGCGAGCACAGCGGCGCGGCGCGCGCGGUGUUGGGCGCUCUGCUGCGCGGCGACGCGCGCACCGCGCUCCACAACAUCCUCGCCGCCAUGGAGCACCACCUCUGA